GAAACCCCAGCCCAGUGAGAACUGCACAGCCACCUUGAAAGGGGGAUAUCCUGUGCAGGACUGAAUAGAAAGCAGUCUGAGAUGUUGGUAAGGUCCCAAGGCAGAUCCAUUUAGCUGCUUCCAAUUCAAGGAUUCCAAACCCAAUUUCCUUUGGUCUCUAUCAUGUCUCUAGCCAUCACUCCCAGUCACCCCCAAGAAGCUCCAACUAUUCUUAUUCUUAUUAUCAAUGGUUCUCCUCCUCCUCAUUUUAUCCUCACAACAACCCUGUGAGGUAGGUUAGGUAGUGCGUGAUUGGUUCAAAGUCAUCCAAUGAACUUCACGGCCAAGUGGGGAUUUGAACCCUGGUCUCCCAGGUCCUAGCCUGGUGCUCUUAACCACUAUGCCACCCUGGCUUUCUUAAGCCAGGAGUAGUCAACACGGUGCCUUCCAGCUAUUUUUGGACUCCAAUCAGCCCCAGCCGGCAUGACCUCUGCUCAGGGAUGAUGGAAAGUCACAGUUUUAACUACAUCUGGAGGACAGCCAGGUUGCUGGAAGGUGUUUUGGCUUCAUAUGGAAAGCAGUCCACAGCUGGAGGCAGUGAUGCUUCUGAAUACCAGUUGCUGGAAAUCACAGGAAGGGAGAGGGCUCUUGUGCUUGAAUCCUGCUUACUGGUUUCCCAGGCAUCUGGUUGUCCCCUGUGAGAACAGGAUGCUGGACGAGAUAUCUAGCAGACUCUUUUUAUGUGUUUAUAGUAGAGGGAAAUCUAUCAGUGCUUAUAAUUUCAUAAAACCUCUUUCACGUUUAUGCACACCCUUCUUAACCCCUAAACCAAAAACUAUGGGUGAGUGGGGGGAAAGGGAGGGUGAAAAUGACUUCCCUAAAAUUUCUUCAUGUUAUUUAUGAAUGGGCAAGCAGGGGGUAUAUUUUGCCAAAUAUUCUUCAGGGCCAUAUUGAACUUCUCUUAACAGUUUGUGGUGGGGGGUAGAAAAGGGAAAUGCUUAAAAGGGGAGACAUUUUUGGAUUGGACCUACUAAAAAAUCCUCACACACUGUGCAAGGAAGGUUCUGCAGGUUCUUGAAUAAUUGUCGCUGCCCUUUUCAAUAUCUUUCCCAGCUCUUUGACAUCCAGCUUGAGAGACGGGGUGACCAGAACAGGACGCUGUGUCCCCAGCAUGGCUGUGCCUUAGAUUUAUAUAAUGACGCUGAUGCUUGCAAUUUUAUUUUCAAUCACUUUCCUAAUAAUUCCUAGCAUAGAACAUUCAAUUUCUUAUGUCUGUAGCAUACUGAGUAUGCAUACUUGAAGGUAUCUUUCUUGGGUAGAUACAGACAAUUUCAUAGAGUCAAAAAAACGGUAGAGUUGGAAGGGGGUUCCCGAAGAGUCAUCUAGUCCAACCCCCUGCAAUGCAGGAAUCACAGCUAAAGUAUCCCUAACAGGUGGCCAUCCAACCUCUGCUUUAAAAUCUCCAGUGAAGGAGAGCCCUCCUGCUUCCCAGGUAGUCCGCUUUGCUGCCAAACAUCUCUUACCAUCCUCAUGCAAGGCUGAUGCUCUGAGCUGUGGUCCUUCCCCUAUAUCAAGACAUCGCUGGGGAGAAAAUAAGGUUGAGGACAACAGAAUGAAAAAGCAAUAAGGGGAGAGGAUAUUUCAUUUUGCUCCUUGCAUACAAUGCAAGUAGUUUAGCUGUAAUAAGGCCAUCCCCUCAAUCCUGAAGAACAUAAAAACUGAAAAAUGAGCCUGAAAAAUGCUGGAUCAGACCAAUGGCCCGUCUAGUCCAGCAUCAGAAGAACAUAAGGAGAGUGUGCUGGAUCAAGCCAAUGACCCAUCUAGUCCAACAUCCUAUCCUCACAGGGGCCAACUAGAUGCAAGCAGGAUAUGAGCACCAAACCACUCUCCCUGCUUGUGAUGUCCAGCAAGUAGCAUUCAGAGGCAUGCUGUCUCCAACAGUGAAGACAGAGUCAUGGUCUCCCUAAAUUGUGUGGUCUCUUUGCAGGGGAAAACAGCUGCCAUGCCAAUGCCUGCCCCCCAGAGACAGCGGCAGGAUGUCUUCUACUGCCCAUCUGGGUACCAGUCUGAGUACACACUCUUUCACACCAGCCGGGUAAUCAAGUACGUCUUUUUGGAUGGGAGUCAGAACAUUGUCCCAGCUGCUGCUGCUGCUGCAGCACACACUUCGCCAGUCUUGGAGUCUCAAGUGGGCUACCUGGAGUCAGCUAAGGGCUACUAUUACCCAUUCAUCAUUCCUGACCACAGCCUAGCCAGUUCUUACUGGUCUCCCGACCUGGAGAGACUCCCCAUCUUUGUCACUCUCUCCAAGAGCCAGGAAAAGCUGAGCGGCGGCUGGGGGCGCCCACUCAUCUCUCGGGACCGGCUGCCCAUCUUCCGGCAGUUGUGUGGAGAACUGGCUGGGUUGGCAGUCCACAGCCGCGAGGACCUAAUGGUACCCAAAGCUGCGAAGGAGGAGAUGGAGAAGCCUGAGGACCUUGAGGCAGUGGGACUUGGCAAUCUGCUGGACGGCGAGGAUGGGGAGGAGAAGGAAGGGGAGUCUGGCAGUUGCAUGAUCCAGACUUCUCCCAGGGAAAGGGAAACUCAGCUCUAAGGGGCUUCUCUCUGAAUUCACAAUAUAAUCUGUGAUGCCAAAAGACCAGUGGGUUUUGUUUUUUCUUCUAUGGUUUUCCAGCUGAAAGUCCUGGGGGAUAACCAGCUUCAUAUAACCAACAUACUUAAUUCUAAUAAAUGCACGACGGAGU